GUGUUUCCGGUAUUCAUGAACGCGUCGGUGAAGGAGCGCGGUUCCUGAAGAAAAAACAGGAGCAGUGUGAGCGAGCGCUGUAUCGAGAAGAUUGUUCACAUUGAAGAAAAAAAUAACCUACAGAUUGCAACUUAAAAAAGCGCGCGUUUUUUUUUAUUUAUUACUCUCUACUUUCUGUUCGACGAUUUGCAAGCUCUUUGAGUUCAAUCUCUGUUCGGCGCAGGCAGCCGUUGAGGAAUCUUGCAAACAACAAACCGUUAGCGUAAGUCGCGAGCCAACCGUUAGCAGCGAUGUCGGGUGUUGUGCGGGGGCCUGCUGGGAACAACGACUGCCGGAUUUACGUCGGAAAUCUUCCCCCUGAUAUCCGCACAAAAGACGUGGAAGACGUGUUCUAUAAAUACGGAACGAUUCGAGAUAUCGACCUGAAGAACAGGAGAGGAGGGCCGCCUUUCGCCUUUAUUGAAUUCGAGGACCCCAGGGACGCUGAUGAUGCAGUCUAUGGACGUGAUGGUUAUGACUACGACGGCUACAGACUGCGUGUGGAGUUUCCUCGGAGCGGUAGGGGCUCCAGAGGCGGUUUCGGCGGGAUCGGCGGUGCUCCCAGAGGCAGAUAUGGGCCUCCAUCCAGGCGAUCCGAGUACAGGGUGAUUGUGUCAGGGCUCCCUCAGAGUGGAAGCUGGCAGGACCUGAAGGACCACAUGCGUGAAGCAGGCGACGUGUGCUACGCUGACGUUUUCAGAGAUGGAACCGGCGUUGUAGAGUUUGUGCGCAAAGAAGACAUGACCUAUGCCGUUCGAAAGCUGGACAACACCAAAUUCCGCUCACAUGAGGGAGAGACUGCUUACAUUCGUGUGAAAUUAGACGGUCCUCGCAGCCCGAGUUACGGAAGAUCACGCUCCCGCAGCCGUGGCAGCCGGAGCAGGAGCCGCAGUCGCAGCGCCAGCCGCAGCCGAAGCAAUUCCCGUGGCCGUGGCAGAGGAUCGCCCCGCUACUCACCUCGUCACAGCCGCUCUCGCUCCCGUUCCUAAAACUUUCUACCACCGAUGUUUUGCCCUUUUGAUGUAUACCCUACUGUUUUUACCUCCUUAUGAGUUUCUCCAGAUGUCAGCUGUUGAUUUUUAAUUUUUGCAUUUCAUGUCCCGAUGUCCUUGUGGAUGAUCUUGGUAUGUAGGUGUACUUCCUCCCCCUUUUCACCCCUUUCCCCUCCCUCUCCAGCUGCUUUGUCCUUGUGUUUUUUCCCUUUCUCCCCUUCUUUUCUGUCUUCUCAAUUUUUGCAACAUUAGAAAUUGUGCUGUGUUGAACUUCAAAAACGUUGAGUUGUAAAGCGGCACUCAAUGUUUUUGCAAGUAUUGAAAAUUGAGUUUUGUUUUUUAAAAAUAGCCUCUCUCAUUGGAUAUCUGGGGUGGGCUGUUUGGACGGGGAGCCCAAUGCUUAACUGUAUUUUACCCUUGUGUCUUCCUUUAGACAUCUGAAGAGAAGGAUUAAAGUGAUUUGGAAUAAAACCAUUGUGGAGCACAUUUCAUUUGUAUGGUCAGGAUAGGACAUCUAAAUGAGGAGCAAUCAGGUCGAGGCAAUGGUUUUGAUUGGAGGAGUGGCUCAGUGGAUCCCAAUCCUUGGAGCUGGAUGAGUGGAUCGAUUAGGGAAGGGAUAGGCAAGGAUGGAUGCUCGGAACGGGAUCAGAUUUCCAGGAUUCAAAUGAGUUGAUUUCAGAACUAAUUAACGGGAGUCCCAGAGCAACUUUUUUGAUUAGCCCCCCCUGCCUAUCUUUUAAAGUUUUUCAGUGAUAAAGGCUUUAUUUUACAAGAAAACGAAAACUGAGGACCAGGAAGUUGGAUCAAAGGAUGGAAUCGUAGAUGCCUGGUAUGAAGGAAUUGAAAUUUGGGGAGGUUGGGAGGGGGUUUUAUUUGGGAGUAGUUUGUAUCUUUUAUUUUGCUUAAUCUUUUUUUUUCUCUUAGCAUUUUCAAUAAAACACUUUCAAACACGGA